CCCGCCUUCUCCUCCUGGCAAGUCCUUCCCAGGCCUCCAUCCUCUUGUGGGUGGCAAUCGCUGGAUACGCGGCGUGGGACUGGCGGGUUUCUUGGGUUAUCUGUCCUCAAAGAAUUAAUGGUAUGAACAGAACCUAAAUUGGUAAUAUAUCACUAAGAAACAAAUGUUUAUAUUCACUCAGUGAAAAGUGUCAUGUCUAAGUUCAACAUAUAUUGGAAUUACACAUGGACAUCUUCAAGAAGAGCAGAAAAUGAACAAAUCUCAGGAACAAGUGUCAUUCAAGGAUGUGUGUGUGGAUUUCACCCAGGAAGAAUGGUAUCUACUGGACCCCGCCCAGAAGAUACUCUACAGAGAUGUGAUCCUGGAAAAUUACAGCCACAUUGUCUCAGUAGGGUGUUGUGUUACUAAGCCAGAGGUGAUCUUCAAGAUAGAGCAAGGAGAAGAGCCCUGGAUAUUAGAGGAGGGAUUCUCAGGCCUGCGCCACCCAGAGGACUGGAAAGUUGAUGACCUGAUAGAGAGAAGCCAGGAAAAUCAAGAUGAACGUUUUUGGCAAUUUGUAUUCACCAACAACAAAACACUAAAUAAACAGAGUGGUAACAGAGCAGUGAAAACUUUCAACCUGGGUUUAGACCCUGUUUCUUCAAGAAAUAACCCCUAUAGAAUAUGUGACUCGUGUGAAAUGAGUUUGAAAAAUAUUUCAGGCUUAAUUAUUAGUAAAAAGAAUUCUUCAGGAAAAAAACCUGGUGAGUUUAAUGUAUGUGAGAAAUUGCGCCUUGAUAUUAGGCGUGGAAAGAUUCCUACUGGAGAGAAAUCUUGUAACCAAAAGACGAAUGUCUUCAGUUAUAGCAAGGAUCUCACUCAGUCAAUUUUUGACCAACCUUUUGAAUAUAAUCAAAAUGAGAGAGACUUCCAUGAGGAGCCAGCCUUUACAAAUAAGAAAGUUCAGAUAGGAGAGACACUCUCUAAAUAUAAUGAAUGUGGAAGAGUCUUCAUCCAAAGUGUAAAGUUCAAUAUAUCUCAGAAAACUCAUUUGGAAAUGGAGCCAUAUGAAUGCAGUAUAUGUGGGAAGCCCUUCUAUAUGGCUUUAAGAUUGGGACAUGAGAGAGCUCUUACAGAGGUGAAUCCUUAUGAAUUUAAUGAAUAUGGAGAAAUCUUGUGUGACAGUUCAACUUUCAUUAUUCAUCAGGGAGCUUACACAAGAAAGAUUCACCAUGAAUGUAAAGUAAGUGACAAAACUUGGGAAAAAUCCACCCUCUUUAAACAUCAGAUAGUACACAUGGAGGAAAAAUCCUAUAAAUACAAUGAAAAUGGGAAUAAUUUCAUCAAGAAAUCACAUCUCACCCAACUUCGGAGAGCUCACUCAGGAGAGAAAACCUUUGAAUGUAGUGAAUGUGGGAAAACAUUCUGGGAGAAGUCAAAUCUCACUCAACACCAGAGAACACACACAGGAGAGAAACCCUAUGAAUGUAUUGAAUGUGGGAAAUCAUUUUGCCAGAAACCACACCUUACAAACCAUCAGCGAACACAUACAGGGGAAAAACCCUAUGAAUGUAAGCAGUGUGGAAAAACGUUCUGUGUGAAGUCAAACCUCACUGAACAUCAAAGAACACACACAGGGGAGAAACCCUAUGCAUGUAAUGUGUGUGGGAAAUCCUUCUGCCACAGGUCAGCUCUAACCGUACACCAGAGAACGCACACAGGAGAGAAACCCUUUAUAUGUAAUGAAUGUGGAAAAUCUUUCUGUGUGAAGUCAAACCUCAUUGUACAUCAAAGAACUCACACAGGGGAGAAACCCUAUAAAUGUAAUGAGUGUGGAAAAACCUUCUGUGAAAAAUCAGCUCUCACUAAACAUCAAAGAACCCACACAGGGGAGAAACCCUAUGAGUGUAACGAAUGUGGGAAAACUUUUAGCCAGAGAUCAGUGCUCACUAAACAUCAGAGAAUUCACACAAGGAUGAAAGCUGUCUCUGCAUCCUGAAUGUUCAGAAGCCUUCAUCCACCUGUCAAAUUUGUUUUACUGUUUAAAAAAUGACAUUAGAGAAACCCAAAGAAUGCCACAGACUACUAAGAAAUGACAUUGUAUUUCAGAUAAUUGAUACUAGAUUAAAACCAAAGCUUUCAAGAAAAAAACUUCCAUCAGAAAGUUUGUACUGAGGGAAAUCUGUUCAUUUAAGUAAUGUAAAAAAUCCUUAUCUAGAAUUUGUAGUGUCAUAUUCCAGAUGUGAUAUCAAAAUUUUAUUGUAAAUAUAAUAGAUAAUAUCUACUUAUACCUGUAUUCACAGUGGAAUCUGAAGCUUAAAAAAAAUCGAAUGCCAACAGCAUUAAACAUGUGGAGAGUCCUUGAUGUUUGUAGGCUUCAUGUGAGUAUGCAACUGAAACAGAUUCGGGGUAUGCUUGAUUUGCAUAUUGUAGCCCAACAUGGUUGUGAGAGACAAUAUGAACUCUUAGUUUAGUAACUAUUAUGGUACAUAUUAAUAUUUGUCACACUGAAUAGCACCAGUGUCUUUAUAGCAUCACAUAAUUAUAUACAUAUAUAUGUAAAUAUAUUUAUACACAUACAGUGAUAUACCAGAGUCAGCUCCUACUGGCUCACAAGUGCUGACUGCUAAUUUUUCAGGAAUUUUGUGAACCAGUUUUUAAACACAGUCAUUAAAAAUUAUGUUAACUACCCAAUUAAAUUAUAUUAAAAAACAAAGAUAAUAAAUAUUCAAUGCUCAUCACUUCCUAAUUAUUUAACUACAUUUUACUAUUAUCUGUACUCUGGUUACUUAUAUUACUUAAUUUGUAUGAUGAAAAUGCUGUGUAACGGUAUUAUCCCAUUGAUAGCUUGAAAUUGCAGUAGUGUGAGUAUUUAUACCAUGGACUUUGGCAAACUCUACAGAUCAGGGUUUUUAGUUUCCCGGAGAGCAUACUGUCAAACAUUUACCAGGUCAUCACUGUGUACGUGUGAAUAUAUUUGGCAAAUUUAAAGUACACACUUCUCCCAUUUCCCAGUAUAAAUAAAUGGCUGUGGCCGUUAUUACUGAACUGCCUCUUCACUAAAGAAGCCAAAAAGUGUUUUUGUGUUUUUUUUAACUACCUUCGGAUCAUCCUAUUCUAAAUACUACCAGAGUCGCUUCAUAGCUUGACCAAUAUAUGUUUUAAGUGAAAUAUUAUUUCACAAAGAACCACAUCACCUACAUUUUCUGACUAGGUAUGGCCAUUAUUACUGGACUACCACUUCAAUAAAGAAGCCAAACAAUAUUUUUCUGAGGUUUUUCAGCUGCCUCUGGGUUAAUCACUAAGGUAAAUUAUGUUAUUAAGAACAGUAAUCACAUAAAUUAUGUGAAGGUUAGCAUCAGUUAACAUCAGUUAUGGACUGUAGUACUGCACUCUACAAAUAAAAAGUGGUAUAUAAUAAAACUCCUUUUUAAUAGAACUCAUGAUACUUCACUGUGGUAUCUAUUUAGGUAUGGUAUGUGUUACCCAGAACUGUGUAUUUGUGUUUAAUAUAAUAGAGUGGCAUAUUGUAUACUGUCCCUGCCUCCUUUGUCCUAUUUCCUACACUUCCUUGGAACACAUUGUUAAGCAGUUCUAAGGAACCCUUCCUCCCCACCAACCAUUCUCUUCUGCUGCGUUGCUAGGCUCUGUUUCGUUCCUUUCCUUCCUUCAGAUGAUUUAGGGGGUCAAACAAGGUUAGUCUAAUCAUGGAAAUUCCAUUCAGAUGAUGGUUUGGGAUGGACAUGUAAACAAUGAGAUGUUUGGGAAAAUAUUCGGCAGUAAUUCUGGGAAAGAUAUCAGUGAUAAAAGGAGACACGAGACGAGAUUGUCCCUCUGCUGAAUUUUUUCACACCUAUUUGUGAUAACAGAUUGUAGCUUGUGGUCCUUUGGGGCAAUAAUGUGAAGAUGACAGUGCACAAGAUUAGAAAAGCCUGGCCCAAAGGUCAUGGUGUUGAGCUGUUCAACUUGCUCAUUCUGUACCUGCUGUCUAUUGGAACCUUUGUAUUAUAUGCAAUAAAGCUGUUAUUUAUUCUUAGGACUUUCUGUUACGUAGAACUGAGUGCAUUCCAACUGACACAGGAAUACUUUCUCGUGCUAAUGUCCUACACAGCAAUUUUGGGGAUUUUUUUUUUGGCAAGUUGUACAGGGAUGUCUGUAUUCAACUAAAGAGAAAUUAAUGGCAGACUUAUUACAGAAGUAUAGGGUGGCUAUAAGUCAGAACUGACUCAACAGUACUCAAUUCGAAAGAAACAAGGGGUACUGAAGCACCUAGAGGCAAGCCAUUUCUAAAGCCUAAAGGGGCAAAGGAUGGAAACAGUUUUACUAGAGUCCAAUGAGAGCUGCUUUCAUAGAGUGGGGGACACCUAGGAGGAGGUACGGUUACUACCAGACUUCUGAUACCAAAUUGCUGGUGCCUCUCUUUGGAGAACCCAACCAGAUGUCAUCUGCAGUGGAACCCAAGUGGGCAUAGAGAAGGGUGGAGAAGAAGGUCUGGGUGGAGCAAAUGAAGAAUGAGCAGCAGUUUGUUUUUUCCACAAAUCCCUAUGUUAAAGGCUAGGUAUUAGAAGUAAAGUUACUGUAGUUGAAAAUUUAAGUUUUUCUGCUUCAUUGUGCUUUCAUAUUGGCAUAAGUAAAUCCCUUUUGGAAUCGAGCACUGUGGCAGAUACGAUUCCUUUGACAUGUACGAAGCAGACAUGUUAAAUGAUUCAUAUAUUCCUGUGUGGUGUUUAUUAUAUGUGGUGUAAUUUAAGCAACUCUGUAUUCUUCCAAAUAGCCAGUUGUCCUUGCACUAUUUGAUUAAUUCACACUUUUUUUUGUUGUUGAUUUGAUGUAGCAUUGGUACCAACUCGAACAUACACAUGGCUGUUGCUUUUGUUUGCUCGGUGGGACAUUCUUUUUGUAAUAGAACCUGCCCUUGUGAUCACAGAGUUGGCAUUUAACUCAGAUGGUACCAUCUCUUCCUCGCCCAUAUUUGUACUGAUCUAGAAAUGGUCAUUUGUUCCAAAAUAGGUCAAUGAAAACCAAUCCUAGGAUAUAUUUAUUGGGAGAUCACCAUAGACCAGUUAGUUUGUGUCCAUGGGGCUGCCAGUAGCCAUAUCAAGACAACACAUGUGCAAAGGAGAGACUCAUGGUGAUAUGAAAUAAAUAAAUAGUGAAAGCUGUCAGAGGGGCAGUUUGAUUUUAAAUAAGGUAAAGAGGGGAAGACCUCAUUGGGAAGAUUGCAUUUGAGGGAUUGAACCAUGUGGAUACCUGGGUCAUGUGUAUGUAAUACAUAUGAAUGUAUAGCCAACAAUAUGCAUCUAAGAUUUUGUUUUAUGAAGUAAUACUCUCAUUAUUGUAAAGUACUUGGAUAUUUUGUACUACAUUCUAAUCAAAGAAAUACUUAUUCCUAUAUACUAAACAUAACCAAUGAGUAGGUCGCCUCCCAGAGCUUGAAAUCCAGUGCUUUAUUGUGUAAAACUAGGAAGGAGUUUGCAGGGUCGUAGGUAUGUGGUUUCCGAAAUGACUAAGCAAUUUAUGCUACCAAUGUCUGGAAAUUGGUUUUCUUAUUAACACCUAAAAUGAUGUUCUUCUGAAAUUGGGAACAUUUUGUCUUGACCUUGGCCUCUCCUUACCUAUCACUUUAACUUAGUAGGGAAAGGUAGAGCCAUAGCUUAUAUGAGGGUUCAACCCUAGAUGCCCUAGAUGCCCUCAACGUGCUUGGCUGCCCCAAUCAGAGACUGCAACUGUGGCUACCUUGAACCUACCUCUUCUACCUCUUUCUCUGGUGAAGACUUAGCCUGUUUUGAUUUCCUCUGUUUCCACCAAACUUUCUUCUGCCACUUAGUCACUGGAUACUGAAUAAUUCCAGCCUUCUCCCUUUUAUCUGGGGGACUCAACUGCCCCUUUCCUAGCCUGUCCCUUCUCUUAGACCUUGCAUCUGUAGCCUUCUCUUUCAGAUAGUGAGGAACUGAUGUCUACUCUUAUAUACCAUUUUCAGUGAUAAGGUCUCCAGAUAGUUGGGGGAGGUGCAAAAGUUACACCUAAUAUCUUGUCCUCCCAUGUCUAGAGUCUAUACUUUAGGAUGGUCAGUCUUCUUUGGGAUCAGUUUCUUCAACUACAAAACGGUAUAAUUAUCCUCAUAUGAAAAUUAUCCCCAUCCCCUUUCCACUGAGCUUGCUUCAAUACUAACAAGCCAAAAAUGUCAUUUUACCAAACCCCCAAAGGAAGCCCAGGUCCUCAGUAAGGGGGGAGCUCAGAAAUUCUUUUAACUCGAGCCCCAAAUGAAAUCAUGCCCUGCCCAUGUUCCUUAAAACAGAAAAGGAAUUUGGCAGCCAUGACUGGUGCCCAUGGGAUAAUGGGGCUUCCUUGGCCUUCCCAGUACUGGGUGCUCCUCCGCAGCAAGGUCAGUACUAGGAACUGAUACUGGGAGAAGAAAGCAUAAAUAUUUAGAACAUAACAGAUGAGUAUUCUUCACACCAAAUACUGGUUUUCUCCUCUGAAGUUUUCAGUUCCGUGUGUAUCCUGGCCUUUUUCCAUGAAUUUUAAUCCAUAUAUAUGUACCUAUAGAGAAUUCGUAAUAUAAUGCAGUCAUGGGCAUUUGAGUUUUGUCAUAAAAUAAAGUUUAUAUUACAUGCAAAAUUAAAAGUGGUGCGAUAAAUUAUUGUUUUCUGAAGUUAAAUUUGGCAUGCCCAGUUUUUUGCAACUAAAGACACUAUCAUCUUUAAUAUCCUGAGAAUUAACCACUAUUAUGGUUUUUGGAGAUUUUUCACAUGAUUUGAAUUCAGAAUAUUUGUGCAGAUACUCUGUUAUCAUAGUUUUAAAUUUUUUUUUAAUUCCUGUAACAAUGUUAUCAAAGGAAGGGCGUUGCAAGAUGGCAGCAUAAGCAGUCACAUGUUCCUGUUCCCCUACAAAAAAUCCAGAAGAAACAAGCAAAAACUGAUGAAAUCGAUAAUCUCAGAACUUUGGACACCAAUAAAGGUUUGGGGGACCAAAAUGAAUGCUGAAUUAAGGAAAAAUGUAGCAUACAAAUCGUGGAAGAAUAUAGGUUUGCCACAUGUGUCACCCCACCCACCUCCCCAGUUUAGUGCAGCCAUCUUGGGGUAGGUGUGGCUGGUGCCCGUGGGCAGGGAGCCCAUGAUUGGAACAACCUGGUGAGCACAAAGUCAGUCAUACUUGAGACAGAGUGAGUCAGUGUGCAUAGUUCAAGCUGUAGUGCCCAUGAGGCCUGGUAAAGAACAACAUGGUGGGUGCAGCAUGUGCCAGAAUACAUGGUUAGGCCUGGGACAGAGGUGCAGUGGGCACCGCAUGGGCCAAGGCACCUGAGUGGUCAGACUUGGGACAGAACAAUUCGGCAUAGCAUGGGUAAGAGUCGUGUGAAAGAGUCGUGUGAGUCCCAGAAAAGCAGUGUGGUGUUUUUCAAAACACCUGAACGGUCAGACCUGGGACAGAAAACAGCAGCAUAAUGAGCACAGUUUGGCUUAAUUUCCUGAGCAUUCAGUCCUGGGACAAAGAGAUUUAGUGAGCACUGUGCUGGUUGAAACAUCUGAGCAGUCAGAGCAGGGUCAGAGCAGCUUGUUGAGCAUUGCACAGGCUGGAGUUCCCAUGAGUCCUAGUGAGUCCUGGGAAGAAGCAAUAAGAUCAGUGCAGUCUGGGGUUAAUGAACAGUGAGGGUGUGGUGAAUUCACAACAGCAGCUGCUUCCAGGGUGAAAUUUGGGCUAGUACAGCACAGCCAACGCUUCUGGUAGGGGAAUCUUGGGGUGUGUCUGUCAGGUGCAGCUCCUGGCUUGGAGUUCUAGGGCCAGAGUUGCAUGGUGAGCACUGCAGGAAGAGGGGGGGAAGAUUCAUUGUGGUCAAUCAGAGAUAGCCAGUAAUUGAAAAUCGGGGGGGGGGGGCAGUGGCUGGAAGGGCAUAGCAGGCAUUCCUGGGGUGAGGGAAAUUGGUACUGGAGUAACUCAGCAUCGCCAGUAUCUGGUGGAAAGACAAUUGCUCCAAGUGCAACAAGACAUAGACUUAGGUGCACCCCCACUCAGACAACCUAGAGGUAAAACAGUGAUAGCUGGCAUCCUAGGAAGGGAGAACAAUAGGGGAGGGAUAGCAGGAAGUGCAACUAGCCUGGGAGUCUGAAGUUGAAGCAGAGGAUUACAAUCUUCAGUAAUGUAAAAUAAUAAAGAGCAAACCCUAGAGAAAGGGAAGAGUAUGAUCUCCAGAGUUAGCACAGUAACAUAGCUUAAUGUCCCAAUUACAACAAUCACAAAUUACUCGAAGAAGCAGGAAAAGAUGGCCCUGCAAAAGACCAAACUAAGAGGACAGAACCUGUCCCUGAGGAAGGACAGAUAACAGAAUCACUAGACAAAGAUUUUAAAGCAAUGUUAUUAAGCAUACUCAAAAAGUUAAAGGAAAAAGAACUAAAGGAAUUCAGAAAAAAGAUACAAGAACAAAACAAUUUUGAUAAAGAAUUUUAAAAAAUUAAAUAGAAAUAAUGGAGCUGAAAAAAAUGCAAUAACGAAUGAAUUCUCUGGAAAGGCUUAGCAGCAGAUUUGAAUGGAGAAGAAUGAAUCAGUGAACUCAGACUGGGCAUUGAGUUUGUUCAGUGUGAGGAACAAAAAUGAUGAAUGAUGAAAAAUGAACAAAGUCUCUUUAGGGAUCUGAGAGACAUUCUUAGUUAUAUAGUGCUGCUAUUACAGAAAUAUCAUAAGUAGGUAGCUUUAACAAAGAUUUAUUUUUCUCACAGGUGGCUAGACAUCCAAAUUCAGGGUGUCAGCUCUAGGGGAAGGCUUUCUUUCUUUUGGCUCUGGAGAAAGGUCCUUGUUUCUUUUGAGCUUCUGUUCCUGAGCAAUCUUCAUGAGGCUCAGCAUGUGUCUUCCCCCAUCUCUGCUCUGUUGCUGCUUGAUUAAUCUGCUUUUUUAUCUCAAAAAAGCUUGUUUUAAGACACAGCCUACUCUAGUUCUGCUUCAUUAACAUAACAAAACUCAUUCCCGAAUGGGACUAUAACCACAGGUGUAAAACCAGAAAAACCCAAACCCACUGCCAUCGAGUAGAUUCUGAAUCAUAGCAACCCUAUAGGACAGAGUAGAACUGCCACAUAGAGUUUCCAAGGAGCACCUGGUGGCUUCAAACUGCCAACCUUUUGGUAAGCACUUACCACUACAUCACCACAGGUAUAGGGGUUAGAAUUUAUAACAUAUUUUUAGGGACACAAUUCAAUAUCUAACAGACAUCAUCAAGUCUAACAAUAUAUGUGUAAGAAAGUCAAGAAGAAGAGAGGAAGGGACGGGAAUAAUUUUUGAAUAAAUAAUUGCUGAAAACUUCCCAAAUAUGGUGAAAGACAUAGACUUACACAUCCAAGAAGCUCAGCAAACUUCAAAUAGGAUGAAUCUGAGAAGAGUCACACUGAGGCAUAUUAUAAUCAAACUCUCAAAAACCAAGGGCAUAGAGAAAAUUUUGAGAGCAGCACAAGAGAAGUAAAAUGUCACAUACAAUGGGUCCUCAAUAAGAUCAAGUACUGAUUACUCCUUAGAAACCACGCAAGCAAGAGGGUAGUGGGAUGACAUAUUUUAAGGUGCUGAAGGAAAAGAACUGUCAGCCAAGAAUACUAUAUACAAAACUUUUAUUUGCAAAGGGUGUUUGAUAUAGUAUCACAAAAUCAUACACCUGAAAAAUGUUGAAUUGGCAUAUAUUCUGUUACAUAUUUUUUCACAAAAAUAAAAAAGAGGGCAAUAUUAAGAAAUUCUCAAAAGUUGAGGGAAUUUGUUACCACCAUGCUGGUUCUACAAGAUAUGCUAGAGGGCGUUCUUCAGAAGGAAAAGUAGACAGUAGAGAGACUUGAAGUUGUACAUACAGGGGGAUAUUUUUUCCAUUUAAGGGAUGUCUUGAUAAGAAUAAAGGUCAGAUUUAAGGUAUUUUUUGGUUGGCAAAUAUUAAGUUGGUAUCUACAUAGACCAGGUUGUUACAUAUGUAAGAUGUCAGACAUAAUCCUUAUGGUAAAACCUGUGAACCUCUUGCCUUCAAGUUGAUUCCAACUCAUAGAGACCCUAUAGGACAGAGUAGAACUGCCGCAUAUGGUUUCCAAGGAGCGCCUGGUGAAUUUGAACUGCUGACCUUUUAGUUAGCAUCCAUAGCGCUUAAUCACUACACCCCCAGGGUUUCCAAUCCUCAUGGUAGACACAAAGUGAAAAAUUAUACACAAAAAUAAAAUGGCUGAAUGCACACAAAAAUCUAUACACAAAAGAAGUCAACACUGGAAGGAAAAAGGGACAAACAAGGUAUUAAGUCACACACACACACAACAACAACAAAAUGGCAGAAGUUUAGCUUUAUUGAAAAUUACGAAAGUUAAUUGAGUAGAUAAUCAAGAGACCGAUUGGCAGAUUGGAUAUGUAAACAUAACCCAUCUAUAUGCUGUCCACAAGAGACACACCUUAGGCGCAAACACACAAAUAGGUUGAAAGUGAAAGGAUAGUGUAAUCUAACAUCUGAAGUCAUCUAAAUUCCCAAGGGAUAAGAAACAGGAUCAGCACAAAGUUGGUUCCCAUGAGGUGUGUCUGACCUCCAAGCUUUUCACCAUUUCUGACACCAGCUGUACCCCCCUCCCCCCAUGGGACUCUAUAGUUCUUUGCUUGGUUUGAUAAUUUGUUGCAGUUGGCCACACAGAACUCACAGACUAUGCUCACAGUUAUGUGGUUUAUUAGGAAAGUAGCAGGCUACAUCUCAUGAUCAGGAUCUCCUUGGAAGUAACAGGAUACAGCUCAGGAGACAAGAUCAGCUUCCUCAGUCAGGACAGCUCCCAACUAGUACAGCUCUCAACUUCAUCUUGGCUGUGCUAGCUGACAACCCUUCUUGGCUGUGCUAGCCAAUGACCCUCCUCAGCCAUGCACGUAGGUAGGCCCUUCUCUCAGACAUGCACACGCCAUUCUUAGCUGAGCACAUGCUCUUCUCUGUCUUCAGCAUCCCUGCUGUCAUCCUCUCUGCUGCUAACUGGCCCAACCUAUGGCUAGGGUAGUAGCUGCUUGGCUACUGCCUUCCUGGCAGCAACUUUACACUGUCCCUGCUGUCUCUGCUGCUUGGACCCUCUUUUUGGCAUCACACCACCAGCUCUGUCACUAGGCCUUUCCUAGGCUGUUCUGCUCCCAGGCCCCUUCCCAGGCUGUUCUGCCAUUAGGCCCCUUUAGGCCUUUGCCACUGGGCCCUUCUAGGCCUCUGCCACCAGGCCACUGUAGGCCUCUGGCCUGCUUGUGCAAGUGAUUCAGCCCUUUAGUUCCACCAGCAAGUCCCCUGCCCAGAGACACCAACCAGCUCUGUUUCUCCAUGGGCCAACAAGCCCACAGCGCUCUCUCACUCUAUCUUUUGCCUUCUUGUGUAGUCUCAUGCUAUCUCAUGCUGUCUUCGUGUUAUAUCUCUUGACCCAUAUUACAGCUCUUUCAGGGGAUUCCCUCCUCUCCUUACCUCUAAAAUCCUCUGUGCGGUUGGCUGCUUAUAUAAGCAAACUCCUUGUCAAUUUCAAGGCGUGUUCCUCCCAGCGGGACCACAAACUGACCAAUUUUCCCAAGUCAUUCAAACCUAUUGGGUGGUUUUAUACACCACUUAACCACUAUGCCACCAAAAGGUCGGCAGUUCAGACCACCACAUGCUCCUUGGAAAUUCUAUGGGGGAGUUCUACUCUGGCCGAUAGGGUUGCUAUGAGCCAGAAUCGACUCGAUGGCAACGGGUAUUUGCAUAGCAAAUCAACAAUGCCCCAACCAAUUAUUUUUGACAGAAUUAUAAACCCAAGGCCAGAAAGGCCAUAUGCAAGAGAAACUCAUUGCAGUGCAGAUGGAGAGUGGGGGGAACCCAACAUUUCAUGCAGUCAUCACAAGAGACCAAAUGUGACAAUUUUAAUACCAGAUAAAAUAGACUUUAAGCCAAAAUGUUUUAUGAUUACAAAAAAGAACACUACAUAAUGAUAAAAAGGACAACUUAUCAAGAAGUUAUAACAAUUAUACAUAUUUCUGCACCUAACCUCAGAGCCCCAAAAUUUAUAAAGCAAACACAGAUUUGAAGGGAGACAUACGUCAGUAAUAAGAGUUGUACACUUUAAUACACCACUAUCAACAACUAGAAAAAAGAUCAAUAUAGAAAUAGAGGCAGGGCCAAGAUGGCAGAGUAGUCAGAUGCUUCCAGUGAUCCCUCUUACAACAAAGACCUGAAAAAACAAGUGAAACAAUUAUGUUUAUGACAAGCUAUGAGCCCUGAACAUCAAAGGCAAAGUUAGAAAAUGGACUGAGUAGCAAGGGGAGGGAAAGACAGUUCAGAGGUGGAGAGGAGUGGCCAGACCUGAAUCACUGGAAACCCUCAGAUACCAUUCCCUGGAGCAACCAUGGUGGGGUUGGAAUAGUGUUCUGGACACAAUAUCCUCAGGGAGAGACCGUGAGCCACACAGCCUACUCUUACCUCUGGAACCAGAGAAGAACAGUGCUCUUAGCAAAAGCUAAGUACUUGCGUUCAUUUUCCUGUGGCCCCAGCCCCCAAGCUGGCUUCAGUGGCAGUCAAUUUCCCUGGGCCUGAGAUAGGUUCUGCUGAGUGCUCUGAGUCAUUCUCCAGGCCUUGGAGAAGGAAUACAUUCACAACUGGGGGAAAAGAUAAUCUGCCAGCUCCAAGAAGCUGGGGAGCUCAGGACAGAAGGGAUGCCUGUCCAGGCAUAAACAGCCCCUGGACUUUGAAUGCCUUUCCCCCCUGCAUGGAUCUGUGUGGGCCUAUUUCAGGAGAAUAAGCCCUUGUUAGCAGACGGCAACUGUUUCAGCUGUGCGGUGGAGAGGUGGGUGUUUGAUAUUCCACACCGCUUUGCCUAUUAAACAGGGCCAUCACAUAGCCACAUAAGGGGCCUAAGGACUGGUGGCUCCACCCAUGUCACCUAGCCACCAGCAACAGGGGUCCAAGGAUAAGUAGUACUUCCCAGUCCUUACAACCAAAAGCAUUGAGUGCCCAUGGUCCGUCUGCAGAACCCACCCACCUGUGCACUCUAGGGAACAGGGACGCACUUUCUUCACAGACACUGGGGAUGGUUGCCAGCCCCCUGCCUUGUUCAGAGCAUGACCCUCUGAUGCAACCAGAUAUCUAUACCUACACCAAUCACCCCUGCCCCUCUAAUACUGUAGGACAGAGCCUGUACCACACUCUUGAUGACCAACUACCUGGACACCUGAGCUGAAUCCAUACAAGAAACGUGAAUGGACUCCAGGCUUAUAUACCCGAUAACACCUCUAGCCAUCUGGUGAAAGGACGUUAGAGCUUCAAACGUGAAAAUGAGCUAGCUCACUCAAGC